UUGUAAUAAAAUACAAGACAGCUCUGUGUGAUCAGAGAUGGCGGGCGCCUCCGACCCCCUGGAAGAUAUGCUCUUUUCAGAGGUGGACGAAAAGGCUGUCAGCGACCUCGUAGGCUCACUGGAGUCUCAGCUUACUGGACAAAGCAGCUCGGCAGGUAAAACGGACGAAAACGGAGGCGCUGGCUCUGUGGCCCCUGCUAACCAUCACUUAGGAAAAACGCUACCACCAGCUCCAGUGAGCACAACACUAGAACAACAACUACAACAAGGACGGCGUAAUAAACCCGAAAUGCGCCAAGAAAUAAACUCUAAAGACGCUAACCUGGACAAAACUGUCACUUCACCCACGCUGGGCUCUGCCUCUGCUUUUGGCGAGCCUCCCACCACUACGGCUGCCUGCGUGAACGCCACUAGCGGCGGUCCUCAAUCACAUGGAGCAUCCAUCACAACACUGGCCGCAUCUGGCGGGUCAACUUCGGCAUCACCGCAGGACAGCAUCAGCACCGCGUCCAGACGGAGUCCCAAGGCUAGCCCGGGCGCCGGGGAGCCCUCGGYGGAACCGAGCACGCCGAGGAAACGCAUAGCCACACCGAGGAGGAGGAGCGCGUCGGCGCGGAUCAAGAGUUUGAACGGCGCCGCUGUGACGACGAGGAGGAACAGCGGCUCAGCGGCGGCCGAAAACCUCAGCGUGUCCGUGGGUCCAACUCCACCAAACUCCACCCGACCGCCCACAUCCCCCAUCAACACCUCAACUUUCACCCUUUCCAAUGCAAACCUGCCUGUAGGUCAGUCAGCCAUUGCUCUAGACAGGGGAACUCCCACCAUUGCUUUGCGCAGACUUCCGAGUCAUAUUGUAGCCAGUAUAGCCCAGAACGGCAACGGGACCAGCGUCUCGGCCCUGGUGGUACAGCAGGGCGACCGGUUAGAACCUGCCACCUCUUCAGCUUCCCCGGAGGAGCAAAGCAAACCAGCCACUGAUACUGGGGCUUCCAAUGUACACGACUGUCAGUCCACAAUUGUAACAUCAAGCCAGUCUAGUAGUGUUAGCUCAGUGAUAAACACUGUAUCCUCGACUUCCUCUGCUGUCACACCAGCUCCAACCACUACAGCACCAACAACCACCACAACAGCGAGCCCGCCUCUGAGCUCUACCACCACCACCACCACCACAGCUGUGUGUGGAACAGGGAUGGCAACCCCUACUACAUGCGUGACUGUUCAAACUACAUCUGCCACCACUACAACUACUGCCAUCUGCAUGGUCAGGGCCACAGCCCCSUCUCCAUCACCCGCCGUGGUUGCCCCUGCACAGUCUCAACCCCGUCCUGGACUUGCAACUCCUCAAAGGAUCGUAGCCCCCCAGCUGAUUGUCAGACCUUCCCAGCAGCAGGCUACCUAUCAGCUGCCCCCCGGCUUUACCAUCCCACAGGGGAUGGUGUUGGUACGUACCGAGCUGGGCCAGAUUGUCCUGGUUUCUCAGCAGGCUUUGGCUCAAGUUCAAGCUCAGGCUCAAGCUCAGGCCCAGAACAACAUCUCUCCGCGACCUGCGACCCCAACCACAGCGACAUCUUUUAGAGUAACAACUCCACAGCAGUGUCCUGUGACCUCUCAGACCACCAGGCAGUGUUCUUUGACCCCGGCCAAGAUGGCACCGUCUCCCUCUCCCACUCCUUCCAGCCCUGCCCUCCAGACCUCUUCCUCCUCUUCUUCUUCCUCUUCCUCCUGUCCUGCACUCCGCCCUAAGGGCCCCAUGGCACCAACCGUGGCAGUGACGACUCCACAGCAGGCCCCAGUGGUUAUGGCCCCCCAGGGCCCCGCCCAGCCUACCCCCCAGCCAGUGCAGCCGGCACCGACAAGCGUCACAGCGGCCCCUGGAGCUCCAGUCGUGUCCCAGGAAAUGCAAGAGAACGUGAAGAAGUGUAAGAAUUUCCUAGCCACACUUAUCAAACUGGCGUCUCACAACUCUCCCUCUCCUGAGACUUCUAAGAACGUUAAGGCUCUGGUUCAAGACCUGCUGGAUGCCAAGAUUGAACCAGAGGAGUUCACCAGCCGGCUGCAGACUGAACUCAAAUCAUCUCCGCAGCCUUACCUGGUCCCAUUUCUCAAGAAAAGCCUCCCGGCCCUCAGGCUGUCUUUGCUGAACAGUCAGCAGUCCCUGACCCAGCCCCUGCAGCAGGGAGUCAAACCAGCAGCCAUCGGCACUCCUCCUGCCAUCGUGGCCGGGGCAGCUGUCCGCAUACGGCACCCCAACAGUGUCAGCACCACUUUGAGUGCCACCGCACUGCCUGCUGGGACGCUUGGACAUACAGCUGCUAUGGGUGUCAAGCCUGGAGGGGUUGUCAGUGGCCAGGUUCGUAUGCCCAUGGUCAUCACGCAAUCAAUCAGACCGCAAGGCACAAUGGGAAAGGGAGCCAUCAUACAAACAGGCAAAAGUCCGAUGUGCCUGCCUGUUCAGAUUUCUGGGAAUCAGAAAAACAAGCUCAACGACCCAGGAGGAGGCUCUUUCAGAGAUGAUGACGACAUCAACGAUGUGGCCUCCAUGGCCGGGGUAAAUCUGAACGAGGAGAGCGCACGAAUCCUCGCGACCAACUCAGAGCUAGUAGGAACACAAAUCCGUUCGUGUAAAGACGAGGCCUUUCUCCAUCCGGGGCUGCUGCACCGACGGAUCCUGGAAACUGCCAAGAAGUUUGGAGUGACAGAGGUUUCCAUGGAAGCUGUGACGUUCAUCUCACACGCAACACAGUCCCGGCUUCGGACCGUCGUAGAAAAGGUUUCUCUUAUUGCACAGCAACGGCUCGACUCCUUCAAGGACGACGAGUUUUACGAGCAGGCUGGAGAGGUUCGCUCGCAGCUUCGUUUCUUCGAGCAGCUGGAGAGAAUUGAGAAGCAGAGGAAAGACGAACAGGAGAGGGAGAUUCUUCUGAAAGCAGCUAAAAGUCGCUCAAGGCAAGAGGACCCAGAGCAAGCUCGACUGAAACAGAAAGCUAAGGAG